AUGGAUGUUACAGGAUUAUUUGGUGGAUCUUUCCAUCAUGAUGGGCCCUUCGAUGCAUGCACUCCACAGAGAAAUAAGAAUAAUAAAGUGGCGCCUGUACUGGCUUUCCCAGCAGAUGGUCCAAACAACACCGUAGGCGGCCGCACAAGUAAGAAGUCUACCUUAGAUGAGGUAUUUGGCAGGGAAACUGUAGAUGAUGAUUCUGAGACGCUAAAUCAACUGCAAGAUAGAGCAUAUUUAUUUAAUAAGGCCAAUUCCAGUACUUCAACCUUGGAUGCCAUUAAACCCAACUCAAAAAAUAUUACCCAGUUCGACUCCAAAAUGAAAACUGAACUUGUCCAUGGGCCUACGACGAUGGGCCUAGGUUCAACAACGUUCUUGGAUGGGGCACCAGCGUCCUCCGCAGCCAUAAAGCAAGACGUUAUUAACCACGCACAAGAAUCCCGUAGGAAAAACAGCGUAGCAAGGAAAAAGUCUCUUCCCUCAAGAAGACAUCUGCAGGUGAACAACAACAAUUUAAAGCUAGUGAAAACACAUAGUGGACACUUGGAGCAAAAGGAGCAAAAGGGCGUAGACGAUAACACUAAAUCUGCUACCAUCGCUGUCAAUCACGGAAGCGGCCACGAAGAUGUUGUCAAGAAGGAAAACACCGGAAACAAGCUACUGAGGAGGGUAAAAAGCUUGAAGACUAGUAAGAAGCAGUAA